AUGGUGCCUGGCUCCUUUGCUGUUGAUCCUCAGUUGCGACCUGCCUUCGACCUCCAGCACAAAGACAACCUCAAGAACUCUGUCACAGACCUGGAACCUGGCUCUCCUGGCCUUCCUGACGAUGAUCCCAGCCGCCUUAUGGUCCAUGAGCCCUCCGAUGGCUCUGCCAUCCUAAUGAUGAACAACGUUGCUCAAAACGACUAUCUUGUCUUGAUGCCUGAUUCCUCUGAGUGCUCCAGGUGCAGAAAGGCUUUCCAGCAGAACACCACAAAACAUUACAAGCUAUGUCCCCACUGCAGAGACUUGCAAAAAGAGAGGUCCAGACGAUGGCAGUCCAAAACCAAGUUGAAAGAUGGUGCCUGCAGAAGAUGUGGCCAGUUGAUUCCAGAAGACCAAUCUCAAUAUGUUUUAUGUCCUGCUUGCCGAUUAAGCCUUCGAAGCAAAAAGGCCAACAGAGCCCUUGAGGGAAGAUGUGUGCAUUGCUCUGGUCCAAAUCACCAACAAGAAGGCCCUAUUUACUACAAAGUCUGCAAAAGAUGCAGAGACAAUGACAAACUACGAAGAACAAACUUGGAGAGAAUCGGCAACUGCAACAGAUGUGCAAAACCCUUGGUUGGUGAUGAUAUCAAUAACCAUAAGGUUUGCAUGUUCUGUCGCUCAAGAAAGAAGAAAAAUAACCUAUACUUGUCCCAUUCAAGCUACCGCCAAAUCGACUACAAUCAAUCCAUCUCUAUAAACAAUCUUAAUGCCAACAUUAACAACACGAAUGUCCAUGCAAAUACCAGCUUAUCUAGUAAUCACAACCAUAUUAUUAACAACAACAACAACAAUAAAAACACAACAAAUAUUUCCAACUACAAUAAUAUUAUUGACACUGAUAAUGAUAAAUUGAAUCAGCUAAAUCUUAAAGAACAACAAGAUCAAUUACAAGAGCAAAUCAGCUUCUUGGUCUCAAUGCAUCCAACUUUUCAAUCUCUAAAUCCUAAAUUACAAAGAGAUGUCGUUCAAAAAAUUCAAGAAGAAGCUCAAAUACAACUUCAACAAAAAAGAUUAAAUCAAUAUUCAAAUAACAUGGUUUCACAUAAUAUCAAUAAUAAUAGUAAUAGUAACAGCACUACUACAACUAAUAAUAAUAACAAUCAUGCUAAUAAUCAUGCUAAUACUGCUAAUAUUACUAAUACUAAUACUAAUACUAAUACUAAUACUAAUACUAAUACUAAUACUAAUACUAAUACUAAUACUAAUACUAAUACUAAUACUAAUACUANUAAUACUAAUACUAAUACUAAUACUAAUACUAAUAAUAAUAAUAAUAAUAAUAAUAAUAAUAAUAAUAAUAAUAAUAAUAAUAAUAAUAAUAAUAAUAAUAAUAAUAACAAAAUAACCAAUCACAAUUCUCAAAUUACAUCAGAAAAUCAACUUCAAGAUAACAAUAAUUCUUCUAUUCAAAAUGAAAUUGAUAAAGAAUCCGAAAAUAUUAAUACCAGAAUCCGAAAAUAUUAA